AGAUUUGUGUUCUGUGAGAGAGAGAGAGGGUGGGAAGGGGAGGAGAAGAGGGCUCGAAAAUGGUGGCGAUCGAACCGUGUGCAGAGGAGAGCCGAGUUGACGUCGCUCCCACACCGAAGGAAGAGCAGCCAACAGGUGCUGUAAGAACAGAAGCGGCAGAGCAGAGUUCGAGAGAGGUUGCGGAAUCGGCGGCGGAGGACGCUUCGGAAGGCUUCGAGACCGCCAGCGAAAGCGAGUUUAACGGCGGGGGCGAUGAUAAUGACGACGAAUACCGACAUCAAUUACAGCAACAGAAACAACAAUCUGUGCCUCCAAAAGAUGACUCUCUUGAAGCUACCUCCAACGAUGACGAAUUGAGACAGAAAGCCCUGGCAGAAGCAAAUGAAGCAAAAAUGGAAGGUAAUAAACUCUUUGGAGGUGGGCAAUAUGAAGAGGCAUUGUCACAUUAUGAGGCUGCUUUAAGAGUUGCACCGGACAUACCCAACAUACCUUCAUCCCUUGAAUUACGUUCAAUAUGCCAUGCAAACCGAGGAUUAUGUUUCUUAAAACUGGUAAAAUAUGAAGACUCAAUUAAGGAAUGCACAAAAGCAUUGGAACUAAAUCCUAAUUAUGUGAAAGCACUACUUAGAAGGGGAGAGGCUCAUGAAAAGCUUGAACAUUAUGAAGAAGCUAUUGCUGAUUUGAAAAAAAUCUUGGAAUUGGAUCAAUCAGAUGUUCAAGCUAGGAGAACCAUUCAGCGUUUGGAGCCAUUGGCUGAAGAAAAGCGUGAACGGAUGAAACAAGAAAUGAUUGAUAAGCUAAAAGAUAUGGGCAACUCCAUUCUGGGACGAUUUGGGAUGAGCGUUGACAACUUCAAAGCUGUCAAAGAUCCAAAUACUGGUUCCUAUUCAAUUUCAUUUCAACGCUAACUAUGGCUGGUCGUCCCCAUCUCACACAUUCUUGUCAUUACUCAAAAACACUAUAGGGAUGCCAACAAUGGGGUAUAGUUCGUAGUCAUCUUGAUGCAAAUCUUGUCAGGCAUUGGAAAACGGUAAAAUGAAUGCGGAUGCCCUUGAUGAGUUUCAGAGGGUGAAGUGCUUGUAACUGCACAAAGUAUAUUAGUAACUCCAGACUGGUUUUGGUGCUCUGCAUGCAUUGCUUACAUGGUUAAUGAACUGAGGAAAUGCCUAGUUGUGUCCCAUGAAA